AUGACAUCUGCCCACCAGCCCGGCACCAGGGACUCCUCAAGGAGCUGGAUCCCGUCCAUCCCCUCUCCCCUCCAGCGCCUGUUCGCCGCCGUGCCCCUCGUCGCCUACCCUCCCAACGAGCUCCCGCGCCGGUCACCCACAUCAAGUGACCUUCCUACUCUCCAUGUCUUCAUCUCCGAGGAGGACGCCGCGAGGGGACGGCCGAGCUUCAACCCCUCGUGUCUGAAGUGGCAGACCUACCUCCGCCUCGCCUCCAUCGAACACAACCUCCAACCCUCCACCAACCACGCCUCCCCGACGGGCUCUCUCCCUUUUCUUCAGGCCGCCCUCCCAUCGACCCCAGAGCACCGCCUCGACGCCCGUCACCUCCUCCCUAUUCCCUCCUCCCGCCUAGACUCGUACGCCAGACAGCACGGCUCGCUCCCCCCUUCUUCUUCUUCCUCCUCCUCCUCCUCCUCCUCCUCCUCCCAGCAGCAGCAACAGCAACAGCCGGUCUCAUCCGCCGCAACAACCCCCGACGCCCGCUACCAUCGGCAACAGGUCUACCAGUCCCUCCUCGAUACCGCCAUCCGCAGCGCCUGGCUCUACACCCUCUACCUCUCCCCUCCCAACGAGCCUGUCCUGCGCAGUCUCUACGUCGACCCAACCUCCCGCUCCCCCCUCGUCCGCCGUGCCCUGCUCACCCAGCUCCGCACUGCCGCCCGCGCCGAGAUUGUCCGCGCCUCUGGGGGCGGUGCGACGACGACAACGAGUGCCGCCGAAGGAGCAGCAGCAGCAGCAGCAGGAGGAGGAGGAGGAGGCUGGUCGCUGUCACUGGGGAGCUUGGGCGGCGGGGACCUGCUCACAUGGGUCUUGGGAGGCAGGCCGGCGGUCGACCCGGCCAAGGUCUACGAGGAUGCGCGAAGAGCGUUCACGGCGCUGGAAGCAGUUCUGUCUGCGGCCGGGGCUGAGGCUGUAGCUGGUACUAGUCCGAGCCCAGAAGAAGAAGAAGAGCUAGAACAUGAAGAAAGAGGACAAGAAGCAGCAGCAACAGGUGGUGCUGCUGCUGGAGGCCCAUGGUUCUUCGGCAGCCCCAACCCGACCCUCUUCGACGCCGCCGUCUUCAGCUACACCUACCUCAUCCUGCACGACGACUACACCCCCGCCGGCACCACCUGGGGGGACGACACGCUGCGGCACAUUGUGCGAGACGACUGCCCGCGUCUGGUGGCACAUGUCGAGAGGAUCUUGGAGCUGGGCUGGGGCUCGCAGGGGAGGGUGUGA